AUGGGCGUUCAGCUGGGUGAGGGAGGCUUUGGAACGGUUCAUGCAGCCACACGUUUGGAGGAUGGCCAACAGGUGGCGAUUAAAUUGGUCUCCAACAGCAAGACGGAGUUCAUCAGCAUUGACGGUUAUUCAAAGCCUCUUCCUCUGGAGGUCGCUCUGUUACUUCUGACAGACGAAGGCCCUCGGGUUCAGGAAGUCAUCCAGCUUCUGGACUGGCGCGUGGAGCCUGACCGCUAUAUUUUGGUCCUUGAGCGGCCCAUGCACUUUGAGGAACUGAAUUGGUUUCUCCUGCAGCGAAUAGUGACCAUUGAAGAGGACGUGGCACGAGUUAUAAUGCACCAGGCAAUAUUCGCAGCUCGAACAUGCUGCCUGCGUGGAGUGUUUCACCGGGACAUUAAGCUGGAAAACCUUCUGAUUAACCCGGACACACUCCAAGUCAAAUUAAUCGACUUUGGCUGCGGUGCGAUCCUCACCGACGCGGGUUACACGUCCUUUGCUGGCACUAGAGAGUACUGCCCUCCUGAGUAUCUGACCACCGGCAAGUACCACGGGAAACCAGCUACAGUGUGGUCACUCGGGAUCCUCAUGUUUGUAAUGCUGUGUGGGGAUUUUCCAAAAAGACGAGACCUGUGCAAGAUCAACAGUAACACCUGGAGCAGAGAUGGCUUGUCAAAAGAAUGCUGUGAUUUUAUUCGCUGCUGUCUGCAAAUCGAUCCAAAGCAGCGGAUUGAACUGGAGAAGCUCAGUCUCCACGAAUGGUUUACGGUAAAUUCAUUUUGAUGAUUUUGAAGAAUUUUUAAUUGUUUUGGUCUGACAGUAGCUUUUUUCCCUUUUGCUGCAAGUGUUCUAUAGUGAGGUGACAAAUUUUCGCAUUGUAUGUUCAUCAUUUCUGAUAGAUUUUUACUUAUGUUCUUAAAUUUUCAUUGUUUUUUACUUUAAAUAUGCUGCCCCUAUUUGUUAAUUUUUAUAUUUUGUAUAAUGUUUUUAAACCUUGAAACUGAUUUCUGUUUUUGUUUCAGAUUGCAGACAAGAAGAAAUGAGGAGGAAAAAAAGAAAAUAGUGUAAGUAAUGACAGGAAAAUUGAAGGAAGC